GCGGGGCGUGCUCUCCACAUACACCGCUAAUCCCUGGAUCCUCUGAGUAGGACCAUGAUUUCUGGGACGGUGUUGCCAGGGGAAAGGUGGUGCCCAGGACCUGUUGGAAAUGACAGCUGAGGAAAGCGGAUUGAAGCGAAGGCAUCACAAUAACAUUAAAGAUAGAAGAUAGCGAAGAGAGUCCCUCGCGUCAGCGUGUAACGGGGUUGUAGAGAUGGAGUCCCUGAUGAGCGCGGUGACUCCACGCUCCCCAGCACCCGCCAAGAAACUUUCUGAGGUGGACUUCCGCUCAGGGGCAACCCUGGAGCAGCUGUCGGCACAGGUAUCUGAACUGGUACUGCUGGAGCAGGGGGAGUUUGGAGACCAGACCGCCUUAGAGGUCCACACCGCCAAGGACUUCAUCUUCAACAUGCUAGGCUUAGUUCAGAAAGUGGACCAGCGCCUCCCGGUGGCCAACGAGUACCUGCUGCUCUCCGGCGGGGCCCGUGAGGGCGUCUUGGACCUCAACCCCGAGGAUCUUGGGGACUACGCCAAAGGGGCCGACUUUGACCUGGAUUUCACCCUGUUGGUGCCCGCCCUUAAGCUUCACGACCGCAACCAGCCAGUCACUCUGGACAUGAGACACUCCCCGCCCUGUCACUCGUGGCUCAGCCUUCGCCUCUGUGACUCCAGCAUCCUGUCCCGCUGGAACAUCUGCUGCCAGGAGGAGAAUGGGCAUCCCAUUGAGGAGGAGGAGGAGGAGGAAGAGGAGGGGGAAAUGGGUAAAGGCUCCAUCCCCUCCCUGGGCUCCCCUCAGUCUCUGGAUGGAAGCUACUUCUCUCCCGCCCUGGUGACGGACUGGUUCUGGGGGGUCGUGAGCGAGGCUGUAGAGGAGCUGAGGCGCAGCCCCCAAAGAGGCAUCCCCACCCCAGACCGCCUGGAGAGAAACGGACCCCUCACUACUAUUAUCCUGCAGGCAGGCUCGAGCCGGGUGCUGUACGACCUUCUGCCGGUGGUGUCGUUUCGAGGCUGGCCCGCUGUGGCCCAAGGCUGGCUGACUGCCAACCACUUCUGGGAUGGUAAAAUCACAGAGGAGGAGGCCAUAUCUGGCUUCUAUCUGCUGCCCUGCUGCUCCCCGCUGGGUGGUCGGCCUGACAGNNAUUGGCUUUUGUUUCUUCUGUUACAGGUUCAGCUGAAGAAGUGCAUCCCCUUCCCCAUGGCCCAGGCGUUCCAAGCAGCCAAGGCCAUCCUAUCUCGUAUCCUGGCGCGUCCACGAACAGGCCUCAGCCUCUACCACCUGCGCACCCUUCUCUUCUGGGCCUGUGACCGACUUCCUUCUGCCUACCUGUCCUGCCCGGACACCGACACACCCGGCCGCCUCCUCCUGGGACUCCUGGACGAUCUGGCUCAUUGCAUCCUGGGUAAAAACUGUCCAAAUUACUUCCUGCCCCAAUGCAACAUGUUGGAGCAUCUGACAGACAGCCAGGCACUCCUUGUUGCCAGGAAAUUGGCCCACGUGCGCUCGGAUCCCAGCGAGCACCUGCGGGCGGCUCUGGACCAAGCCCAGCAGGCGGGCCAGCUGAAGAAGGAGCUGACAGCAAGCACUAACGGCCACAACUCCCCCGGGCAUCACUCGGCCAACGGCAUCAUCUCACCUUCAGAGGACAAGCUGGCGCAGCGGCUUCAGCAGCUGGUCACAGAGAACCCUGGGAAAUCCAUAUCCGUCUUCCUCAACCCCGAUGACGUCACCAGGCCACACUUCCGCAUUGAUGACAAGUUCUACUGACGCAGACACGCUGCAGGGAAGACGUAUGGAAUUAAGUGUGUUUAGCUAACAAACACACUGAAGAACGCUGUGCAGACGCUCCUGUUUGACCAUCCUACGGCGAUGAAGCCGUGCUGCUUGACUGACUCUUUAAACCAAAAACACUCAUUUCUCACUACUGAAAAAAACGAAACAAAAAACGUCCAGUUUACACGACGUUGCAUAAUGGACAUGAUGUCACCAAGCUGUUGCCACGGAUAUGGCCCUCCCCUAACGAGCUGGCCUUAACAAGACUUAUCAGCUGGUGCUGAAGACAAGGGCCGGGCUUUAGUCACGAAAAAUAAGUCGAGUGGAGAUGAACACAAAGUGUGUGUGUGUGCGUGUACAUGUUCGCCCAAGAGUUUUCAUCCAUUACUUACACUUCUGAAGUCAGCGGGAGAAAAGCUCCACGAUUGGUGCAUUUCUCCCUUUUUUAUUCCAGAUCAGAGUGGGCGAUAGCUGAAUUAGAAAGGAAAAACAAGGUGUGGCUGAUGUAACUGAAUGUAAUGUUGUAAGGAGAACUGCCGAGUCUUUAUAGUCUCUUUUCUCUUUAAGCUAUAUUUUAGCCCCUUUUUUUUUUUGACCCUCAUGCCUCAAUUUAUGACUUUUUUCCUCCUCACUUUAAAAAAAAUCUUUCUCAGGUAUGCACAACCCUGUUUUUGUAGGUCUAUGAUUAUAAUGUUUCAUGUCAAAUACAUUUCAUGGGGUGAUGGAAUGUACCAAAGAGCUACGUUUGAGCAGAACAAACACGUUUUAACAUGUGUCGACAUCUUACUCUGGUCUGACCUGACGAAUCCACACGGUCAGAAUGUUUGUUUGCCUUUUAUCCUUUGAAAGUCUCACACCGGCAUGUAAAAUGGUAAAAGUGGGCCUAAAAUUACAGUUAAAAUUUGUGUAAAAAGUGGAUCAAAUAAAUAGGUGCAAAACUUGCAGCAGAACAAGAUUAUCGGAGCACGGUAACAGUCUGAGAAAGUAAUGGUUUCAAAAUAUGAAAUUAUAAGUUGGAGUCAAAAAUGUUUAUGAUUUAAAACUCAUAAAGCUUAUAUAUAAUUAGUAGAAACUAGGAGUAGGGAAAAGGGAGCAGGGCCUUUAAAAUAAAUAAAUAAAUGAAUGAAAAACCUAUAAGUUCUGGUAGGUAAUCGGCAAAGAAAGGCAAUUUCAUUUUUUCCAAUACCAAUAUAAAAGUAAAACUGACGACUGUCAGUUUUCAUGCAGUGAUAUUACCAUGAAACUCCUGUAAGUCAUAUUAGUGCAAUGAUAAUGUUUCAAGUUGAUUUAGGGGAGCUAUGCAGCUCUUUAGUUGUUUUGUACCUCUAACUUUAUUCCCCUGUCACAGUGAAAACUGUUCAUGCAAACGAUAAUGAGAAAGGAGUCAAUAGCUAAAGUGUGCCAGACGUUUUAUCUCAUUAGCGCUCGACUUCUUGCUCACUGACUGACUGUUAACAAGUUGUUAGAAGCCAUUUCCCCCUCCGCUUUAGUAGAACUGGAGCGCAUUAAAUGGUAUCCCACAAACAAAAACAACACAGUGAGAAGAAAGGAGAAACAACCUGGGUGAGCUAUUGUAACUGACUAGAGCUAGCAUGCCUUGGGUGCUUGCUUUUAGCUGUUAGCGUGCUAGCUACAGUAGUACACCGCCUCUUCCAGAGCCACAACAGUUACUUCACUAUGGUAGUGAAACUGGUAUGUACAUUAUGAACUACUGUUUGAUUAUAAAAUAAGGAAGCUUUUUUUCCUUAAAAACUAAAAGCAUCUGUUAACUUUGUUAAUUUAAGACAGCCGGCACACAGCUAGCAUCUGUAGCAUCUCAAGUCAAAAAGAGUAAAAUAAUGUAAAAAAAUGAGAGGGAGACUGUCAGUCAGCUUGUGUCAAAGAUGUGGCUCAGCUUUGCCAUUUCACUUGCUGGUGUGAGAAUAAACUAAAAUUCAAGCAGUUCAAGAAUUUAAGAAAUUGCUGGUACUGCUAAGUUAUCACUGUAAGUUCUAGAUAAAUCCAUAAAACUUUAAGCUUUUCAGUUUUGACUUUUGAGUGCUAUGGUAGGCACUUUAAAAGGGGAUUAAGAAAACUGAGAAUACAAAAGGUAACUAUAAAGCAGCAACUAUACUCUGCUUGUUGUGUGAUGACAUAUGGACCCUGUUUCCAGGUCCAUUUAGUCAGUUUUGUGCAUGACGGCACUCGUCUCGCUGCUGUACUUCUCCAUAAAGUACCCCUCUGUACUUUAUGGAAAAAAUACUCACCCCAAAGCAUCUAAUUCAUUGCCUUUGCUGCUGUGUUGAUAUUCGCAUGACAACACUUCUGUAGUCAGCCAGCCUGACUUCACUAACACUCCUUUUUGUUUAAAGUUAUAGCUUUUGUAUACUUCAUGAACACUUCAUCAAGUAGCUAGCUAGCUAGCUAACUUCACUAAACUUUGGAAGUCAUCUUUUUAAUGACCGCCUGGAUGCUACACAUGAUUGUACACAGUUAAUUGGAGUUGAAUGAAUUUGGGCCGUUUUAACCCUCAAAGCUGCCUAAAAGGUGUUUACUUUUGGGAACCGCAGAAAUAGAUAAUUCUUUUUUGGCGCUAUUGUGUACUACAGCCACCAUUAAGUCUACAUACUCCAGUACAUCUCUUCUUUUUAAACAUUGUGUAAGCACAUCCAUUCACGUACUGUAGGGGAAACACACAGUUUAGUGUCUUUUUUGGAGGCUAUUUUUGACUUGACUGCUUCUGGUAAUUGUCGCGUCUCCUCUGCUUGACUAGUCUUUUUUUUAAUGAGCUUCAUGUGCUUGUAUAUGCGCCGACGUGUGUGUUCACUGAGAGACGAACCUGACAGCAGGGUGCAGACAGACACCCAAAUGGUGCCUGUGUAAUUUCCCCCCUCCGUGGGUGCAGGUGAUUUGAAGUUGGCCUUUUAACUUCAUCCCACUUCUUCUGGCAACUUGCUGGUCCAAACACACACACACACAAAAAGCUCUUUAUACUUGGUAUCACUCCAGCACGCUGUUUACUCUGUUAGCAGACGCUCUCCUGCAGCGCCACUUCGCUGAUUUGAUUACAAGCCGCUGCAGCAGAAGCGAGAAGGAAAUCCAGAUCACUUCCACUUACAUGGAUUUAGAGAGAGUUUGUUUUGCUUAAGUGAAUUUGAGACUACAUGGCUAAAUUUUGAUUCAAUUAGUUGACCCGACACUGCAAUGCUGCUCUCAGUGUUGGGUACAAAACACAACAAGCACACAAGUCGGUACAAGUCUCCUUAAAAAUCAGGGUGGUGGUUGAUUUUAAACUACUGGUUAGAAUGUUUCAGGUGUCCUGUGUUACACUGUCAGCUAUUGUGUACUUACUACUGAAUGAUUUUUAAAAGAAAAUAAUAUGUGUGUGCGUGUGUGUGAGCCUGAGGAAAACCAAAGUGUGUUGUCGAGGCUGUACAGAAUGUCUCAGCAUGGUGUGUAUUCAGCUGUUAAGGUGGACCGGGUGUUUUCAGCACUUUCUCCAAGAUGGGCCGGAUUAUGGCUGCCCAGACUCUACAAGAUUUGAUCACAGCGUUUAUUUAUUGGAGCGUAGAGAUGUGUUAACGGUACGUUCGACGUCCGACUGAGAGUGUUGGAAGUUUAAAACGUGUCACAACUUAACAGGCCUAGUUAGAGAUUACUAGACACUGGAAACAAUCAAUGUUUUUACCUGAAUUGUUGAAUUGUACACAUAAAAUCUUUGGGGUAUUAGUAUUGAUUCAUAGAUAUGCAAACAACACCCCCGAAUCAAACGGCCUGUGUGUAGAUUUAUUGUCGAUGUAAAAAACGAGGGUUGAGUCACUAUCUGCUCUCCAGGAAUGAAACACCUGAACACAUCACUGUCUUCUCUUUGCUAUUCUCUUAAUUAAAAGAAAAACUUUUGGUUAUUAAAACUUUUGAAUGUAUCCUCCAUAUCUUUCUAAUUUGUUCCCUACUUGAGGAUCAGUCACCCUUCACUGUUAUCUAAGCAGAUGUAGUGUGCUCUAUGCUCAGGCACUGAGAUAAGCAUCUGUAGUGAGUCAGUCCACAGUUUGAGAAAUUGAAUUUCAUAUCUCUCUUAUUACUUGAGUUCUUUCUCCAUUUUUUUCUUUCUUUCUUUAAAAAGAAAAAGCAAGUUUUUAUUUCUCUCUAUGCUGAGUGAUUUGCUUUAUUUAUUACCGUUUAUGUUCUCGGGGUUUAUAUUGAUUGAUCUUAAAGCUUUAGCAUGAAAUAAAACAUUACUUUUAAAGUGCUA